UGUUUGUUUUUUUUUUAAAGAAAAAUCAAGAUUCAACUUUUCUAAAGGUUUCACCCAGCUCUGCUCACGUGGGCGUUCCCUCUCCUGACAGUACCGGCACGCGGUUUCCAUCCAUCUUCCCAGCCCAGCCAGCUAAGCACAUUUAGGCGUUGAAAGCCCUCGGCGAGGAGAGGAGCGGGUUCAUUUCUGGCUAUGUGCCAGUGAUGUGCAACACAAUUUUUCUCGGAUCAAAUGCCAUGACUUUCUGCAGCGUUUGAGCUUGUUUUUCCAUCUUGGCGUUUCUCUUGCCCAAAUUUCCGAGGCAGUGCGUGGAGCUUGGGCGGGGUGGGAAACGCUGUCCAAGUGUUGGACUCCAGAUCUCCUCCUAGUUCAGGGCUGCUGGGAUCCAGGGUUUGACUUCAGGCCCUUCGCUGCUGGAGACUUGCAGUAAAAUGAAUCAGUGGAAAAUUACUGAUGCUGGAUUCAAAUGUGACAGAGGAGCUCCCGUCCUACUCACUGUCAGGGAAAGUUAGGCUCUUGAAUGCCUGUGGUCACUCCUGUCUAUGGGACUUAACCCCCCGGCUAAGUUUUAGAAGUGUGUAAGUCACUUGGGAGCCCACGGGGAAAUUAGGAUGUUUAACCUCUGGAGUUGAACUGAACCUACGGAGAUGCCAGGGAUGGAGUUGGAAACCUCCAGAGCUAAGAAGUGCAAGUCAUAAUUGCUUGAGAUAAGGACCCAGCCUCUGUAACGGGGGUGAGGUGGUAGAGACUUGCCUCCAAAAGGUGUGUUGGGCUAGCGGUGCAAGUUCCCCUGCAAAUCCCACCAACAGGAUCCCUCCUGAUUUUGGGGGUGGGAAGAACCACCGCAAGGGACCAGCUGUUGCAUUGAUCGGCCUUCCCUGGGAUGGAGGAGGAGCGUCACUCCAAAACAAAGACAAGGGGUUGGUUAUUGGUGCCGUGAGUUUCAUUGGAAGGGGUAUUUGGGGUCACCUGAGUGGUGCUGAGCUGGGCAAGGAGCUACGGCAAAGUGGUGCUGAGAGCUUCACAGCCCCCCAGCCAUGAUGAGGGUGGUGGUCCAUGCAACAGGGGCGAGUUUCAUUGCAUAUGAGAGUCAGUGCUGUAGCCAGGUGCUGGUUCCUACCCCAGGCAAGGUGUAGUCACACCUGUGUGCUUGCGUGUUGGACAUAUGGCAUUACUAUGGUAGCAUGUGCAUAUGAGAGGCUGUCCAUAAAGGCAGUGUGGCCUGUCCCUAGCUGGUAUUAGACUCGGCACAGAGUCUGUUCCUGGGUUACCGCAGGGCUGAUCGGGGAUAAGGAGCUGGUGGGUGGGGGUUUCUCCCUGGUGCUAGCACUGUUGGAGAUGUUGGUGGAUGCAUAGCACACGCUAUCUCUUACCAGUGGGUUACACCCCCAUUGAGCCCAGUCUCACCCCUGAUAAGACCUGGGUGGAGCCAGUCCCAGAGCUACCACACCUGCAAAAUCAAACAGCAGGGAACCAGCUACAACCAAAUUCUGCCUUUAGCCCCUAUGACCCUUUUUCACUUUGCAGCUGCUACACUGAACGUGUGCCCUAAACUUUUGCAAAUCGACUGGCUUCAACUGUUCCCACUUGCUUGCCCACUUUUUUUCUGGAUGGACUCCUUUGAGACACAAGAAGACACCUGCGCUGAGCUGGAUGUGAGCUUUCCGUAAGACAGCAGGAUUUCCUUUUUCUCCCAGUCGAUGUCAUCCAAGCGUCCUGGUCGGUCAUCCUGAAUUUUGGACGCGCCGCUUGGUCUGACUUCUCUGCUGACCGGACCGCCUGAGACUAAGAGCCAGGUUCUUGACACAGCUCACCUGGAACAGGCGGUUGACAUGUUGGAGGAGGAAAACAACCAGGAGUUCGAGACAGAAGAGCUGGAAGAGAAGCAUGGUGGGGACGUUCCUGAACCCAGGUUGGCUACCGACGUGAGGGACCCCUCUGCAUCUGCCACAUCUGCUUCUUACCCGAGGCCUCAUGUCAAGCAGGUCAUUGCGAGGAAAUUUUUCGUGACAAGGCCAGGAGCAUUUGACCAAGCCAUAGAAGACAUCAACACCCACGUCGUUGAGAAUGCAGGAGAAACCGUGGACAGCUUUUGGCUUCUGACUGAGGUGGAUCACUGGAACAACGAGAAGGAGCGGAUCGUGGUGAUCACGGACUCUGCCCUCCUGGUCUGCAAAUACAACUUCAUCAUGCUCAGCUGCCUCCAGGUGCAGCGCAUCCCUCUCAGCCACGUCGACCGCGUCUGCAUCGGCCAGUUCACCUUCCCCGAGAGGUCUCUGAGCAAGAGAGAGGGAGAAGGCUUGCGAAUCCACUGGGAUAAUCUGAAAGAACCGUCUUUCCUGUCCCGCUGGAACCCGUGGUCCACGGAGGUCCCGUACGUCACGUUCAUGGAGCAUCCAGUGAAGGGCAGCACUCAGAGGUUCGGUGCCAUCUGCCAGAUGUCCAUGUUCAGUGCUCAGCUGGUCCAGGCCAUUCAGAAAGCCCAGAGGAAGAACCCGCCACCAGGCAACCCCACCGGAGUUGUGGUGCUCAACCAGCCCCUCUUGAUCGACACCCACGUGGGGCUAAUGUCUUUCCUCGGCAACCACAACAAGCUGGGUUAUGCCAUUGCCCGUGGGAGCUUUGGCUUUUGAACACCCUGCACGGCGGGGGAGAGUUUUGUGGGUCCCUUUUGAUUUGCUCGCUUUUUCCACUGGUCUUUUCAAGUUUGCAUAGGGCAUCCUUCCUAAGGGGCUAAGGUUAUGAAUCAUCCCUUCACAAGGUGGGUAGCAGGAGGCACAUGCCCAGUUAACCCAACAUAGGCCCUAUUUUGAGGACAUAAAGGUUUGAGGACCUAAAGAUUGAAGACAUAACAGGCUGGUACUGACCCCAUGCUCAGGUUUUCCUGGGCCGCUUGGGUCCUGCUACAUUAGUUAUAACCUCUGUACAGUGUGUGCUUUAGAAGUGGAUCAAAACAAGAAGCCAAGACCCAAAUGCUGCCAAAUCUGGGGGGGGGGGGGAGAGGCGGGAAGGCAGCUUUUGGAUAGGAAGUUCACCUUGACAGCUCUUGCCCAUCCAUUGUGUGAAUCCUCUCGCUCAAAGUAGUCUUCCACAUCCCAAUGGCUCAUUGCUAAUGGCAAUACAAAGACAGUGCUGCUUAGAGCUGAGGGUACCUUAGUGCAAAGUAGACAUGACUCCAAGACAGCAAGGUAGACAUGGGUCCUAGCUAGCAUGGUAGACAUGGGUCCUAGCUAGCAUGGUAGACAUGGGUCCUAACUAGCAAGGUAGACAUGGGUCCUAGUUAGCAUGGUAGACAUGGGUCGUAGCCAGCAAGGUAGACAUGGGUCCUAGCCAGUAAGGUAGACAUGGGUCAUAGCUAGCAAGGUAGACAUGGGUCCUAGCUGGCAAGGUAGACAUGGGUCAUAGCCGGCAAGGUAGACAAGGGUCCUAACUAGCAUGGUAGACAUGGCUCCUAGCCAGCAAGGUAGACAUGGGUCAUACCCAGCAAGGUAGACAUGGGUCCUAGCCAGCAUUCCCCGCUGCCUCUUCAAUUACCAGGAUGUUCUGCAGUCUCUUCCAGAUCCCAGGGCUUUGGGCACCUUGAACCACAGUAAGAUGCCCUUGCUUCAAAUCUUAGGCCCUACAUUAACCUUGCCAACAUAAAGACAUUACUCCUGGACCAACCUGAGGGCAUUUAUUAACGUGGCUCUGAACUGAUGCAAGCAUUUUGCUAUCUGUUCUGCCUUGACUUGCCAGACAGAUUAUAUUGUGGUUGUAUCUUUACGCACGAGCUUGGAAAAGGCAUCCUGCACGAUUCUAAAUAUUACUCUUUGUUAAGGCGUCUUUUGUUCUUUAAAAAGCGGCCUGUCUUGCGGUUCAGCUGGGAGAACGCGGGGAAUCCUUAGAGCAAUUCGGUAAUAUGUCUGGAAAGGACAUCCCCCUUUUUCGGAAUAAACUGUUCACAGGAGGCCUGAUGUGAAGCCAUUGAAAGCCAGUCAGAAACUCUUUGUGGGUUGAUUCUCUUCAGUCGGGGCACAAGGGAAAAAGCAAGAGUGAAAUAUCUUGAAGCAAAUCUUACAAGAUAAAAAACCCCCAAAACAAUGUAUUUCCUCAUAGCAAAACGUCUUUAUAUUACAUACGAAGCAUCAGAAUCAGUUUUCUUUUGGUGGGUGGGGAAUCUAAGAAAAGGAGACACAGCAUUUUCUAGAGUGCAAAAUAUUCUAGCUCAAUAGACUAGUAUACUAGAAUAAAAUAAGAAUAUAAUAUUCUAGCUCAAUUGACUAGUAUACUAGAAUAAAAUAAGAAUAUAAUAUUCUAGCUCAAUUGACUAGUAUACUAGAAUAAAAUAAGAAUAUAAUAUUCUAGCUCAAUAGACUAGUAUACUAGAAUAAAAUAAGAAUAUAAUAUUCUAGCUCAAUAGACUAGUAUACUAGAAUAAAAUAAGAAUAUAAUAUUCUAGCUCAAUUGACUAGUAUACUAGAAUAAAAUAAGAAUAUAAUAUUCUAGCUCAAUAGACUAGUAUACUAGAAUAAAAUAAGAAUAUAAUAUUCUAGCUCAAUAGACUAGUAUACUAGAAUAAAAUAAGAAUAUAAUAUUCUAGCUCAAUAGACUAGUAUACUAGAAUAAAAUAAGAAUAUAAUAUUCUAGCUCAAUUGACUAGUAUACUAGAAUAAAAUAAGAAUAUAAUAUUCUAGCUCAAUAGACUAGUAUACUAGAAUAAAAUAAGAAUAUAAUAUUCUAGCUCAAUAGACUAGUAUACUAGAAUAAAAUAAGAAUAUAAUAUUCUAGCUCAAUAUAAUAGUAUGCUAGAAUAAAAUAGAAUAUAAUAUUCUAGCUCAAUAGACUAGUAUACUAGAAUAAAUAAGAAUAUAAUAUUCUAGCUCAAUAGACUAGUAUACUAGAAUAAAAUAAGAAUAUAAUCUGGCUCAAUAGACUAGUAUGCUAGAAUAAUAGGAUAAUAGACUAUUCUCACUCAAUAAAAUAGGAUAGUAUAACUGGAUCUUGGGGGCUUUAUUUUAUAUGGAUCAGAACUGGCAUAUAUUUUUACUGGAGAUUUCAAAGCUUCAAUAAACCAGUACCCUCGGUG